AUGUCGUCACCCCCGCCCCCGCCUCCGCCCUCAUUAUCUGCUGUUGCCCACAGCUCUCCUCCCGUCCGCCUGUCCAACACGAUUCUCUCGAAGCAAAACUCGACAUUGAAAUCACGAGAUGAAAGCAGGUCCCAAUCCCAGGCGCCUAACGACAACAACAACGACAACGACAACGCAGACGACGACAAUCAUUCGCUUCCCGCUACUCCUCCACCCGAGCCGGUCAAUUUAUGGACCGAAGACGAAGCAAUGAAGCUUGUGGCAUUCCUGUCGACGUCUAAAGGCCCCCUCGUCAUUACGGACAUUGCGGAACACACGGAUUGUCCUAUAACCCACGCUGCGGCCAUGACUGUUUUGGUCUGGUAUGCAGCCAUUGGUCUCGCAGAACGACGAGGAAGUCGUGUCGCUUGGUGGGCCGGGAGACCUCUCUUCAAUGGCUUGAGUCUGCGUCGCUCCGUCGUAUUGACUGUCAAAUCUGGCAUUGUGGUUCUCGUGUUUUAUGGCAUAUACGACACGGAUGGGAUGCAGGUGUCAAUCGAGCGGCCCGAGCAGAUGUAUGAGGCUGAUCAAUUCCCAGUCUAA